AUGGCUUCGUCUGCCAUUUCUCUGCAGCCUCUCACCUCAGGUCCCCAGUUCAAUUGGUUCUUUCUGCUGGAGCUUCUUGUUUGCGGGAUCCUGACACUGUUCUUCCUUUUCUACUUCAAUCGUCUCCUCGCGACUUUAGUUUCCUACGGCAUACGAGCUUAUACAUGGCAUUACUAUCGGGCAUAUGUCGACAUCCAGGCUCUUCAAGUAUCUUUACUGGGCGGAAGAAUAUUCUUCAAGGGACUACGAUACCAUGGAGUCAAUGAGACCAUUCUCGUUCAGCGAGGCCAUAUAACAUGGAACUACUGGAUGCGGAAUGUGCGAAGGCUGGACUUGACACGAAAGCACACAACCCUUGAAACAAAGAGCCAGUCGUUCGUGGGUAAUGAUGGAGGCUCGGCAUUGGCAAGUGCUAACGGUCAAGCGGACGGAACAGCAGAAAGCGGAGGUUUAAAACCUGAAACGCAGCUUCCUUGCCGGAUCGUGAUCAACCUAUCUGGAUUGGAGUGGUUCGUGUACAAUCGAACUCCUGCCUACGACGACAUACUCUCAAAUUUCAAUCCUUCGACACUUGAAACCCGGGGAUCACAAGACGAGAAUCGUACCAGUACCUCAGGAGCAAGUACCGGCCGACAAGCAUCUGAGAGCGAUCUCUCUCCGCGCUUCAAAACUACAAUAUCAGGAGAGUCAGCAAAAAGUAAUGCGCCACCGGUCAGACCUCAAAAACGUCGCAUAAAUACGGCAUUUUCGUCUAUUCAAGAUAUUUCCGCCCAAAAAGACGAGGCCUUGGAGGCCGCUUGGACGUUUCUACAGUUGCUGCCAAUCCAAGUGGACUGUACAAAGGGUGCCAUUGUGGCGGGAAAWGAAACUACCCAUUCUCUGCUGACUAUAACAUUUGACAAAGGAGUCGGGUCCGUCGACGCCUCAGAUUCCGGCCCGCUUGACAUAUAUCGCCAGCUGAUAAAAUUUGAUAUUUCGCACCCUGUAGUUCAGAUGCGACCCAACCCUGAUUUCAAGCAGGAACAGUUGGCGACGGCACGCGGUAUCAAUCCUUUUUACCAGGACGAGGUGGAACGCAAGUCGAAGAGAAGCUACCGUUUGGCAUAUCGGCGCAGGAAGCAUGAAGUCUGGCACUCACUUCGUACUUUGAUUCCUUACUUCCAAAGAUCGGUGGAAUCUUUCCAUGAGAAAGGAACAAACACCACAUCAACUAGUCAUACAGGAUUCCCUUUCAAUGAUCAGUGGCUCSGUCUCACUCGCUACAUGGAGGAGACAGCCGAGAACCACGAGGGAUGGAAUGCCGUGGAAUACGCGAGAUACUCGACCAUUCUAGAUUGUCCUUUCCUUAGCUUUAUAUACUUUUGGGACAUACCAGGAAAGGUGCUGUCAGAACACUACGCAUCGAAUUCGUCAGUUCGAAAGGCAUCCUUCGAUAUCAAUGGGGAUGCUCCUCCGGAAUGGGGUAUGGAAAUGAAGGUAAAAAGUGGCACUAUAAAUUAUGGUCCCUGGGCGGACCGCGAACGUGUUAAGUUACAAAAUGUUUUCUUUCCAAGCAACUUUCGAAGUGCUGAGGCAGAAGUAGCCUUGAAACCUGGAAGCGUUAGACGAAGCACAAAAUUCAAAUUUGUCUUGGAGAUAACAGAUGAGACUACUCUGAGGAUUCCUACCCGAGAAGAAUCUAAGGACUGGCAAUGGAAAGGCCGAGCUGAUGCUAUUAGCAGUGCAUCAAAGCUCAAGAAGCAGAAAUCGAAACGACAAUCAAGAGGGAAGGAUAACGAAAAAGCAAACGUUAGCCCAGAGAUUCGCCCCUUCGGCUGGCUUACAUUUCGCAUUUCUGAAGAUUCGACAGUUACCUAUGACAUGGACAUGGUGGCUUCGGAUAACGGGUUCUCCAAUCAACUUCGUCUUGACUUGAGAGAUUGCAAACUGUCUUCGAGUGUGAAUCACGGAUUACUUUGGCAAAGCUCACGACAGGUAAUCACUUGCGAUCUUUCAAACCCCCUUAUUUGGAACGCUCUUCAUACAUGGUCCUUCGACAUAAUUAGCCAUGAUUUGCAGCUUUUCUUACUACGAGAUCAUAUAUUUCUGAUAACAGAUCUCGUUAGCGACUGGACGUCAAACUCGACCUCUGAAUAUUACACUUUUGUACCAUUUGUGUAUAGCAUUCAGCUUUCCUUUGUCGACCUACGCCUGUAUUUGAACGUCAACGAGUCCAAUAUUAUCAACAGCCCUUCGGAUCUCGAUGAUAACACUUUUAUUCUGCUCAAGGUGCCCAAUCUGAUGUCUAAUGUCAGUAUCCCGUCUAACACAUUCCAAGCUGAGCAAAGUAACUUUGCCUUUGACGUGAAUACGCAAGAGUGCAUCGUCGAUCUUGUAACUCCUCUAUGGCAUACAUUACAUACGUUUGUCAAAGACAAUUCGCUUGGUCGCUUUUCAACUCUGUCACUAGACGGUACAUACACUCUCAAUGCUGGGGCAUCGCCUCUGUUGGAUACUCUAGCCAUGAACAUCAUUGCGGAUGACCCCAGAUGCUACCUUUACGGAUUCUUGAUUCGCUACUUCAUGAAGAUCAGGGAAAACUAUUUUGGAGAGGAUAUGCAUUUCAAAACCUUGGAAGAGUUUCAAGAAGCUGUCAAUGCUACCGCUGAGAACAGAAUGGUUCAAAUUACGUCUAAUCCCGCCAAGAAACAUAGCGAGUUGGAUGUUAUACUUAACCUGAUCAUUAGAAACCCAUGCGCAUUGUUACCAACUAAUAUUUACGACCGUUCCCAAUGUCUUCGCUUGAACGCUGCGUCUCUUGACCUUGACCUGCGGUUUACUAGCUACUACAUGGAUUUGCAAGUGGACUUGACCCCUACGGAAAUAUCACUAGAGUCCACUCAGCCAGAUGGUGAACCUAGUAUUUCGAAUACUCAACUGUUUAUCGAUGGAAUCGCAGUCUAUGGCCAUCGUUUGUUUGGCUUGCCGCCGACCGAACCUACAUAUGUUUGCAAUUGGGAUUUCGAAGUAGGGAACAUUGUGGGCGAAUGUAGUACGCAGUUCUUACGCUCUGCAGGUGCUGCUAUUCGCAAUUUGGAUUUCACCAUGGACGACGAGGAGAACGCAUUCCCACCAUUGCACCCAUUCGUAUUACACGAUGUUACGUUCUUACGUGCCAAGAUUGCUUCUGUCCAUCUCUCUGUUCUGGUAGAUCGGACUGCACUCGUGCUGGCUGCCGGGCUAAUCCAGUUCAAGCUUAACGAUUGGUCUCGAUCCCGAUUCUCCAAACGCUUGUCUGUAAACGUUCCAGAUGUCAUGAUAUCAGCAAUUGACAGGGAAUCCGCUACAAGACAAAGCGAAAAAUCAUCAUCAGUGACGACCUACGCUCUAAUCCGAACAAAUAUCAAUGUGUCAAUGCUGUUCCGCAAAUUCAAUAUUUCCGAGGAUCGCAAACAUCAACAAAGCCAUAUCAAAGAAAGUGAUCAGAGAUCGCAUCGUACACCGUGGUUGUUACUUGAUCCGAACGAUGCACUCACCUUUUCUGAUAUGAACAAUUCCAAAGUCCAGCCUCCUACUAUGGCCCUACCCUCAAUGCCCGAACCUGUAGGCGAAAUCGUGGAUACAAUCGAACAGUUCAGCUUUCAAUCCAGUGACCGCCGACUAUUGAGUCAUAAGAGCUCAUUCAUAUCGUUUAGUGGCUCAAGCUCGAGACAAAUUAAGCGAAAUGGCACACCUCAACUUUCAGUAAAUGCAUUCGACCGAGAUUUGAGUGUCCAACAAGGCAUUGACCCUACCACUUACCUGCAUGAGACAAAAGCAUACCACCAUCCUAUCCCAAUUUCACCGGAGGCAGGACAAAUAUAUGACCGUCAAUCGACUGUUCGAUCAAAUGAUAUACCACGUUCUAUGCUUGGGCCGUCUAGCUCCUGGGCUAUGCCGCACUUCCAUUACUACAAGAUAAGACCAGACUCAAGCUAUCUGCCACCCAUUCCUAGAUCUGAAGAAGGAAAAGAAAGUGUCCACGAAGAAGAAAAUAUCAUGGCAAAUUUCGGUGACAAUGAAACGGCUCACUCGGAUCUCUUCUGUGAGAUGAAGCCAGGGCUACAAGGUUACUGUACACCCAUGUUCUUCCAAGUAGUCUCUUCUUUACUCGAUGGCAUGCAGACAAACGAUCCAGUUGAUUUGAUCGAUUCGCUACAAACUGGUGUGAUUUCUGAUAUUGUGAAACAUCAGAAGAACAAGAAAAAGCAACCAAAGACCGCAUCGAGCUUCUCCAUCAGAGUACCAUCUGCGAAUUUUACCAUCUUGAAUAAAUUGGAUGGGUUGGAAGAUACUUCAGGAUUUGCCUUGCAAGACCAAUACCAGAUUUCGUGUACACAAUUCAAGCUCACGAUGCAGAAUAAGGUAGAAAAAGCGGAACAUGAUCUGAUCCGUGAUAGCCGAAAAGAAAUGACUCUUCACUCCACGGUGGAACGUAUUUCAAUCAGUGCCACAGGUGGGCAGACUAAAAUGUGUCCAGAUAGAGCAGAGCUUGGGCUGUUGCUGGAAGAUAUCAUGUUUUGGGUCGUCAUCUCCUCGAAGACCAACUCUCACCUUCAAAUGCGUACUGUCGAGGCACUUAACGCCACGAAAUCAGCGACGCCGCUCGCGAGUCUCAUACAACGCACAAAAACCCUAGUGGAUUCUGCUGCGUCUUCCUUCCAAUCAUUGCCUUCUUCAGAUGAUCGCUUGCGUUAUCUAGUCUGGUCUAUAACAGACUCUGCUAUCGGUAUGCCGGACCCAUUGUUUGUGACACGCCCAGCGUAUGUGUUACGUGGAUUGCAGUCCCAUCUUCGACUUCACGAUUCUUGGAAGAUCGUAUCACGUUUGCGCAACAUGUAUCGAAACCUGCCCCAAGACAAACAAAAGGAGAUACGAACCAAUUGCUUCGAACUUGGUCAUCGCUGCCCACGAAAUGCUAUGGAGGAAGUUUUCCGCAAUUUCAACAACUGGCGACCCUGGGACCUUGCACAUGUAGAAAAAAGCCAUGCGAUGAGAGUCAUCUGGGGAGAAAGCCUUGAAUCUCCCAAAUCUCCUACAAAGCCGGCCAAUAUCUCAUGCAACCUGAAGACUAUAAGGAUUAUCAUUGAACCGGGUCCGAGACAGUGUGAUAUCAAUGUAGUUGACAUGUCUGUUGCGGUCUCUUUUGCUUCCGCUGCAACAGACAUAUCCAGUACUGUCAAUGCAACAGCGCCAUUCAAGAAAACAAUGUUCAUUCGCUCCCAUUGCUCGAGUUCGGCAUUGCGUCUACGAUGGGAGAUUCUUGAGCUUGUAGAAGGGAUUACCGAGGGAAUGUCCAAGACUCAGCCCACUUUGACUGAAGUUCUACCCUCAAUGACAGAUCAUGAAAAGCCAGCAGAAGCCACCGAUAUUCAUGUCUUCGUUGGUACGGACGAAGGAUCGAUCGGCUUGGAUGGAAUCAAUAUAGCUCUGUUUCUGCAUGGAUAUGGCCUGAAUAGCUCUUUCGUCCUAAGUCCGAGUGAUGAGAAUCAACCGGAACAGGCGACAAUCCUUAUGAAUGGGCAGGGAUGUUUAACGAGAAUUUCAAGCCAUUCUAAGCCUUUGAUGACGUGGGAGGUUUUGCAACCGCACUUCUAUGGCUCCCAUUCAUCUCUUCCAACCCGAAGCAGAAUCAAUGAUGAUUGGAAGCUGGCUGGUUCUUGUCGCAGUCUGAUCUAUAAUCUACAAGAAGAUCCACUCAACUUUAUACAUGUUGCUAGCAGAGUCGUGGAAGAUGAAGUUCAAUAUGUGAGCGCUCUCAUUCGGCGCCUUGAUACAUCUCCAAAAACGAAACCGUCGCCAAAGCUUGUCAAUGGGGCAAAUGAAUUGGUGCGCUACCACCACUUUCAUGUUGCUCUAUUCUUGGAAGAUUAUGAGCUCAAUUUCCGCCUACUGCCGUCUCUGACAUACUCGAUUGACGGAAAAGUAGCUCGCAUGUCCGUUUUGUCAGAUAUUGCGAAUGAAAUAGAGAUUGACUUUGACGUUAAAAGAAACCAUCAUAUCUUCCACACCAUGGAAAAAGAAAAGUCUCGGUCCGUGUCUGAGAUUGAUAUUCCACCAAUCAACGGCAGAAUCUCAGCCAGAUUGUCAGCUGAGAUAAUGUCACUGAAAGCAGAUAUUACCGUCGAGCGGGUGAAGCUGGAAGCAAGCGCAUUGCGUAGUUUGCUUGAUGUGGCUAGGCGGCCGGAAAUCUCUCAUUAUAUCUCGGACUGCUCUAGCAGUGCCAGUGAGCUUCAAGCACAUCUGAGUGAAAUACUGGCCAGUAUAGAGCCUACGCCACAGUCUCCAGUCGGCUCUGUCAAAAGAGAGAUAUCUUACAAUGUCCGCCUCACAAUGGCGGGKUGGCUAAUCCACGCUCGUGCUCCAGGCUUGAAGAAUAAGGAUUAUUCGGCCGACAUGAACUUCAUUCUUGGUUCAACACAGGUGCAUGUCGACGCAUCAGAACCAAAUGCCAAAUUCGAUUCACCAAAUAUACACGUGAACGUAUCCCAAGUCGGCCUGGAAUUGAUCAAAAAUGAGCGUUCGCGAGCUCUAUCAUAUGGUAGCCUUGGAUUUGAUAUCGGUUUCCGUGCAACAUCGCGUUUCAACGAGUGUGGUCAAGCAGUUCGUGCAUACGAUCUGAGUAGUAAAGGGUUCAAUGUUGAUUUAUAUGCCGAGACAGCAUCUUUGGUGAUCGAUAUCGCAGCACAUUUGCAGAAUCGCAUCAAAAGCCUGGACCUGACUGACGACAUGAGAAGAUUAAAACAUCUAGGACGACUUGCACGAGCCCGCAGUCGUGGUCCAUCAAGCCCGCUACCUAACCUCAAUAUUGCUGAAUUCGAGGAAUCCCAUACAUUGGCAUUUUUGCAGGCAAUUUAUUCAGUUGAGCUAUCAAACAUCCAAGUCUCGCUUUCAACAUAUGGAGACAAUUCCGCCAAACUUCGCAUCCAAGACACCCAGCUUCAAAUUGCGCCGAGACUCCAAGAGAGGGGGAAACGUUCCUUGAACUCUGCCUUGAUGCCCGAAGUUGUAUUCAACGUGGCAUAUUUAUUUACCAAAGACGAGUUACGGCUUGCUUUUCAAGCAGCAGGAAAGGCUCUCGAUAUACGCUCUACAACCGGGUUUAUACUCCCAGCGAAUCUGUUACAGAAGUCAAUUGCCUCGGCGGCGGAGAGAUUGCGCGAGGCAAAAGCAAUAUGGUCUACGUCUCCGUCACAGUCUCCUAGCGGUAACGCCUUACUCGGUAAUAGACGGCUGUCAUCUUUACUUGUUGAUGUGGAUUUUGCGGGCGCCGUUCUUGGUCUUAAGGGUCGCCAACUCGGUGACCAACAGACUCGCCUGGUAGCAACCGCUACAGGGAAACGCCUAUCGGAAGGCAGAUAUGGUCAAUACGUGCAAGACGACCCUACAACAACCGCGUCUUUGACCAGCCCUGGUGUGGCCCUAAAAGUGCAAUACGGCGACAACGGGGCAGACGAUCCAACAUUAAAUGCAGAGCUAAGAGUGAGCCCAUCGAGCAACACGCUCUAUCCAACAGUGGUUCCGCUCAUCAAACAAAUUUCGUCUUCGAUCAAAGAGGUUGUCGGUGAUCAAAGUGAUACAAAUAUGUCCUCAUCUUCCCUACUACAGACACCGAAGAUGCUAGAAGACCGCUCAAUUGAUGCGACCAAUCCCGAAAGUAUACUUGGUCGGUCAAGGGUGUCAGCUACCGCACAAUUUGAGGACAUCUUCGUGACCGUCAACACAGUGCAGUCUCAAGAACAACGCCGUUUCUUUGCAGUAUUGAUUGCAUGUAAUAAUUUACAGGCAUCAGUCAAACAUGUAUACUCGAACGAGUCAACUGCCAGCUUCGAAGUGGAAUCGGUCGUAAUGUCGCUGAUGAACAGCAAACACGUCCAGGACUUCCUCCUAUUCCGCGAAAUCUGGGUUCCUUCUGACGAUGAGGAUUCAUCGAAUCCCGCUCCAACGCCCACUCCAAUGCCCACUCCAACGCCCGCCGACUCGCAGGCUCUGAUGGUCCAGCGUUAUCAGCAGGUUGCAUCGGCGGAUUCUUUUCCAUGGAAUGCAGUGCUAUCAAUCGAUGAGCUGCAAAUUCAGCUGGACCUUGGACAGACGCUUGGAAAAGCCGAUUUCGUGAUUAAGAACUUUUGGGUAUCCUCCAAAAAGACAUCAAAUCUGGAGCAAAACUUGUGCGGUGGCUUUGAAGUCAUGGCCAUUGAGAGCAAAGGUAGAAUGAGUGGCUCCGUUACACUGGAGAAGAUGAGGGUGCGAACCUCUAUACAAUGGCCCGAUGACUCUUCGGAAUUGGGUCAAACACCACUCAUUCAAGCAUCUAUUGGAUUUGGCCAGUUACAAGCCAACACAUCAUUCGAAUAUCAACCAUUCCUAGUGGCGGAUAUUGUGGCAUUUGAUUUCUUGAUGUAUAAUGUCCGCCAACCCAUCCAAGAUCGGUUGGUCAGCAUUCUAGAAGGCGAGAAAGUCCAAGUUUUCUGCACGACAUUGACGGCAUCACAAUCUCUGGCCCUUUAUCAAACAUGGCAACGCUUAGUACAGGAUAAACACGCGGCAUACGAGGCUUCCCUCAAGGAGAUGGAACGAUAUUUCCGUCGCAAGUCUACGAUGACAACGUCCUCUAUCAGCAGCCCACCAUUACUGCAAAUAACGCGAGAAGAUGAUGCGGAAAAGUCACCGGUCACACUUCAUACUGAUGUUGUGGUGACGUUGAAAGCUGUCAAUGUUGGUGCUUUCCCCAGCACUUUUUUCGAUAAUCAAAUCUUCAAGAUGGAAGCACUCGAUACACAGGCGCGUUUUGCGGUGUCUUUGGUGGACGACAGAAUCCACAGCUCGUUGGGUCUAACAUUAGGUCAGCUCCGUGUAGCUCUAUCCGGUGUUAAUCGGCCAACUGCGGUUGAAAUGAAGGAACUCUCGGUGGCCGAAGUUGCAGCACGCGCAACGGGUUCUCGCGGCGGUACCAUCUUGAAGGUUCCUCGGGUGCUUGCCAGCAUGCAAACGUGGCAGAGUUUGGCUUCCAAUGAGAUCGACUACAUCUUUAAGAGUGCAUUUGAAGGAAAGGUCGACGUGGGCUGGAACUACUCACGAAUCAGCUUCAUCCGAGGCAUGUGGUCCGCUCAUUCUCGGGCACUGGCAGAUCGACUUGGGAAGCCGUUACCUCCAUCUGCAGUGCGUAUCACCGGAGGACCGAAACCAGGGGUGCCCGAGGAAGGUGUCAAUGGUGAAGACGAGGCCGGGGAAGAGGAGCAACAGAAUAAAGACGAAAAGAUCACUGCGGUCGUGGAUGUGCCUCAAUCCAAAUACGUGUACCAUGCCCUGGAGCCUCCGUUGAUUGAGACUCCGCAAUUACGAGACAUGGGAGAGGCUMCCCCGCCACUUGAGUGGAUUGGGUUGAAUCGUGAGCGACUGCCCAAUAUCACGCAUCAAAUUAUUAUUGUGACUCUGUUGGAGAUUGCUAAAGAAGUCUCGGAUGCCUAUGGCAAAAUUCUAGGAUGA